AUGAAUAACGCUGCAUCUUCCUUGCAUUUCCCCAGCGACGGGGACAGACCUCCCGCGCCGCAGAAUGCCGGCGCUACAUUGACGACGCAAAACCUUGCACCCACACCUGCACUUUCACAUGCACCAGCGACAGCUACAGACAUGGCGUCCGAAGAGGAUCAAAGGUUGCACAAUGUCGGAGUCGCGGCUCUCGCUGCCAUCGCGCAAUACCCGCAUGCCGUGGAUGAGGAGAGCAAUUCGCUCUUAGUGUCGGAGGUGGUGCACGCGAUGACAGGCAGGUCCAUUCCGCGAUACCAUCACCACCAUCCCCAUUCAACCCUCAGCGACCAAGUGCACUCAUCUCUGAAUCCUGGAAAUCAUUUUUCGCCACUAUCAUUUGACGCACUAUCUGACGGGGAUAGUGUGCCGACUGGGUCGAAUACUCUCUCACCACACUCGUCGGACGAUACCGAUAUCGACAUGGAAGGCAUUGUGCAAGACUUGAUCGAGCGCACCGCAACAUGGCCCAGUAUUGCGACAAUUGUCAACGAGAGCGAUAUUGAGAAGGACAUGGUGAUGGAUUACGAUCCCGAAUUCGAGGACCACACAUCGCCGUCGACUACCCCGGAUGAUGAAUUUGAAGAUUUUCUCCGUUUUUACCCCGACGAGGAGGAAUAUUACCGAGAGGAAAAUGAGCCGCGGUCUCCAGAGGCUGCUACGCAUGAAGUGGACCUGGACGAGUUUUAUCACACCAUCAACUAUGAUAUCCAAGAUGUGGAUAUUCCUCAGGUGCCGGGCACCCCGCCUACAGGUCCUUUCCCGGGAGUCGAUGAGCUUGAUGCUCACCCUCCUUCCAUCAUCCACACUACAACCCAUGAGCGAAACCUUACUAUCGACGAAUUCAUCCAGCGGUGGGUUCUCCAAACAAACAUUAUACCACACGGGUUCCAUUCGGAGCACAGGAUCCCUCCGCAGCUACGCCCGUUAUCGAAAAUGAUGAGCUGGACUCCUCCGCGUGAUGUGUACCGGCCACAUACAUAUGAAGAUGACAUUUAUGAUCUCCAACAAAUCCCUUGGGCCGAGACAUUGAAAGUCAAACGCAAACUCCCACAGCCGCGGCCUCAACCAUCUCUCCCCCAAGAUGAAUUAUUCUUCCAGGAGACAUCAAUGCACAGCGCCCACAAAGCCACGAUCGAACACUUCCAACUACGAAAUCUCAUGUCGGUUCCGGCCUACAACACCAUCAACUUCGCCAGCCGCUCCAAAGUAUACUCAUGGGCCCCAUCGUUCGACGAGAACCGAGUCCUCAUCGACCUAUCACGAGCAUAUCCAGAAAGCGGCUUCCUAGGCCCAGUCAAAAUCUCCAGCAUGAAAACCGCGCACGGCCUCACAAUCGCAGGCGGUUUCUGCGGCGAAUACGCCCUUCAAGCGUCCGACGGCGCAGGAUCCGGCGUCAAGGGCCUAGUCACGCCCGACCCGAGCGACGGCAUCACAAACCACGUGGAUCUCGUUCCAAACCGAACCGGCCCUGCUCCAAUCUGCGUCUUCUCCUCCAACGACCGCCACCUUCGAAUUCUAGACUGCGAAACAAACGUCUUCCUCUCCGACCAAGAACUCUCCCGCCCCAUCAACUGCACCGCCACAUCUCCAGACAGCCGGCUCCGUGUCGUCAUCGGCGACUCUCCCGAUGCAUGGGUCAUCGAAGCCGACACCGGAAAACCAGUCCACCCUCUACGCGGACACGAAGACUUUGGCUUCGCCUGCGCCUGGUCCCCAGAUAUGCGACACAUAGCCACAAGCAACCAAGACAAAAAAGUAAUAAUCUGGGACGCGCGCACAUGGCGAAUCCUCGAAACCAUCGACUCCGACGUCGCAGGCUACCGAUCCCUACACUUCUCCCCCGUAGGCGGCGGUCCCCGAACCCUCCUCUGCGCCGAACCCGCAGACCGAAUAUCCAUCAUCGACGCCCAGCUCUACCAAUCACGGCAGGUGCACGAUUUCUUCGGCGAGAUCGGCGGCGCGGAUUUCUCGCCGGAUGGCGGGACGGUCUGGGUCGCGAAUACGGAUCCGCAUUUUGGCGGGUUUAUGCAGUAUCAGCGGCGGGAGUGGGGGCGGGAAUUUGGGGUCGUGGAUUUGGCUAAUGAGUUUGUCGGUGAGGAGGGGCUUGAUGGGGAUGAGAGGUGUGUUUUAGGAAGGAGGGAGCGUGGGUUGAGGUUUUUGAGGAAUUUUAGUGAUGAGGAGCAUGAUUUGUUUGUUCUUUAG